AUUUUGGUAGAAAAUCUUAUUAUUAUAGGGACGAAUAGGACUGCCAAAAAUUCUCGGACAACAACACUCAAUGAAUGGUAUUCGCAAACUAAAGAUCGUAGAAAAAGUAUAAUGUGCCCAAAACGAUGAUUGGCUUGUUCAGACAUUUGUUUAUUAAAUACUUGCUCGGCUCAUGCCAAAACAAAACCGUGACUAAUGUGGAGCUUAUCAAAUUUGUUGUAUAAUUCUGUCACUCCUAAUGAAUUAGAGUUAUUAAAGGUAAUACAUGUUUCAUGACUACGCAGGAUUUAAUUUGUUCAGUUGUGAAAGCAUCCAGUAUUUAGUUGCACAAGCCGAUCGACGAAAAAUAAAGCCAAUCGUCUAGAGAUUCCGUUUCUCAAUAGCAGCAAGAGCGGUGGGAAGGAGGUAAGAGUUCGCAAUUUUAAACUGUAACUUUAGGGUACGUAUUCAGUCUAGAAAAAGCCUAGAAAUAAUGGUAUGGAUUUCGUUUAACCCAAGUGUAAAAAUUAGCAGAGCUGGUCUAAUAACUGAGUUCGUGACAUCAAUAAUUCCAACCACAUUAAAUUAAAAUAUUGAUCGAACUGGAACAAAUUGCUAACUAAAUUCCAUUUAUCGCAGGUAAUAAAUCGAAGGAAAGCUAGAAAAACCCGACGCUUCAUAAAUUAUGCAGUAUUUUUUAUGAAUUACAAAAUCAGAGUUGCAAGCGCGAGCGGACUGGCUUCCAUACAAGGCGCGUGUCGCUUCUGCAAUUCGCCAUUAUCGUGUUUUUAAAACGCGUUGCGACAAUUCCCAUUUUUUUAUGGAAAAUUUACGAUUGUGAGGUUAAUUAAACUAUAAAUCGUGCCGCUGCGAAAUAGCGGCUCUUUUGCCCACAGCAAUACACCGGAUUUUUCCAUUAGAUAUGACAUGACGUAAGGAAUGACAAUUCCUCUAGUUACCAGCCUUGUGGCUAGUAGCCUCCUGGCAUUUGCUUUGUAAUACCCAAAGUAAUAAAGAAGAAGACUUUUGACGUGUGUCGCCGAAUUCUCUAAAAUUUCGGAGUGUUUACGGAAUAUGUAUUUGAUUUUGUAGAUAACCCAUCGGAAUUAUUAACAACGCCUUCGCAGUAGUUUAAAUGGAUAGCAUUGGGGCCGAAGUCGGCCAAAAAAUGCGGUCCGCUAUUAAGGCGAAGUUGAUGGAGUUGGACUGCUACGUGGACGACGAAUUGCCAGAUUACAUUAUGGUUAUGGUAGCAAACAAGCGAACAAAGUCCCAAAUGAAUGACGAUUUAAGCUUAUUUCUCUCGACGAAGACGUCCACUUUUGUAAAUUGGUUGCACAUCGUCUUAAAAAAGCUUAAAGAAGUGACGGUAACGAACUCUGAUGUUUAUAAAAGGGUCUCCAAAAGAAAAUCUGACGAGCUGCCUGAUAUUAAGUUAAAGAAGGAGAAAAAGGAUAAAAAAUUGAAAAGAGAAGAACUCUCAGACAAUUUUAAAUCAGUAAAGCAGGAGAAGUCGCUUACAGACGAUUUACCUGUUACCGCAAACACUUUAUCAGGGAGGCGGAAAAUUGUUCUAUUAAAUGACAAAAAUGUGUGCGAUGAUAACUUUGAUAUUCCUUUAUUAUCUGAAGUUAAUGAUUCUAAUGAAAAAGAACUGGAAGAGAUUGAGAAGAAAAUUAAAAAUGUGAAGAGUAGGUUGGGACUGUUAGUGGAAAGUGAUGUGGAAGCAGACAGCAGUAAUGCUAAUAUUAAAUCUGAAGGAGAAUCUAGCACAGUGACGGAUUCUAGGAAAAUCUGCAUUCUAGACAUGGAAAUCAAUGAGUCUCAGCGUAAAGAGCUCGAGAAAACCGGAGACAAAGUAGAACCUCAACAUGAUAUGGAACAGAGGCCUGAGCAUCAGAGAAUAAUUUUUGCGGAGAGAGAUGGUUUGUUAAAAAAGCCUUCAGUGCAUGAAAGGCUUGGCAAGAGAACAAAUCGGUCCCCGGAUAAGGAAGAGAGUAGGAAAAGUAGCUUUGGUGGGGAUUAUAGGGACAUCAAUAACCGAAGAUCUCGGAGUAGGGAUUCCAAAGUUAGAAGAAGGGAAAACUCGAGAGAUAAGCUGGACAGUUCCAGGGACAGAAGGGACCGUAGCCGGGAAAACAAGGUUAGAAGUCGCGGACGCGAUCUUACAAGGAAAGAGAAUAUAUUAAGUAGACUAGGUGUCUUGUCAAAAGUUUCCGUGCCCCUCAAGACCGCGGACGACGACGAUGAUGACGAGGAGGAUGGCGACAUCGUGAGGGAGGUCCCCAGUCUUAUCAGAGUCAAACCAAGGGUAAUACCUGCAGAUGUGCCGCAACCCAAUAAAAAGUUGCUUCUGAAGGCAGUGGCUGAUGCUCAGAGGAGCGUCGCUCAAACGCCGACAGUGGGCAGUACACUAAAGUCGGAAGGUUUGUUUACGAAAAAGUACCGGACAAGGGGCGGGGAUGACAAACCGGUUCGGAAACUGGCAGAAAUUGAGAAAAGCAAACUGAAAAAAUUAAUAAGACAGUCGUCGGAGCGUAACAGAGCCCGAGACUCCGACAAUUAUGACAGCGGCGCCGAGUAUACUCCGAAACCGGUCAAGACCAGCUCCGACGUGCCGGAAUAUGUACCUUCUUCUGUAAAUGUGAAAGACGUCGAGGAAAAGUCAAAACAACAGUUUGUGGUGACAUUAGAUGGUUUCGAAGGGGUCAAACCCGCAGCCAAGAAGCAGUUCGCAAAAAGCAGAUUGGACGGCAGGAAGACGCCGUCACCCAUAAUUUUUACCAAAGACGAGACCUCGACGCCUACCCGCUCUCCGCCUUCGAAACCAGGCAUACCAGAUAGGUUGCCUGUCAUCCACCCACCGCUGUCAAUAAAAAACAAAGAGAGGUGCAAAUACUGGCCGGGAUGCAGGCAAGGCGACAAGUGCGAGUUCGUUCAUCCGAGCGUAACAUGUGAGGCAUUCCCGCAGUGUAAGUUCGGUGACAGAUGUCUCUACCUACACCCCAAGUGCAAAUUCGGCAGCGCGUGUACAAAAAAAGACUGCCUUUACGAUCACAGUUUGGGCACGAAGGCAACCUGCGGUUCGGCUACCACACAGCAAAAUUGCAAAUUUUUCCCAAAUUGUACGAACCCCAAGUGUCAAUUUUUGCACCCGAAACCGUGCAAGUUCGGCAAGUACUGCAAAAACAUGGAUGCCUGCUCGUUUUCGCACAGGUUCGCGAAAACGUCAAGUCUGAGUUGGAGAUCGAAAUGAAAUCGCGCUCCGUCCAGUCGAGCCUAGGAUAUAUUUUAGUUGGUGUGAAUUGAUGUGCCUGUAAAUAAACGAUUCGUUUAGCGAAGC